AUGGCGCACGCGACUCUCUCUCACUCCCUAAUCCUCUCUUCCUCCAGGUUCUCUCGUCUCGGUUAUAGCACCAGAUUUCUCAGAAACCCAAACCCUCUUUCUGCGUUAGUCACCGGAGAAAGAUUCCGAUGCUUUUGCUCCGACGAGACUUCUCCUUCUGUAAGGAAACGUGUGGUCUCUGGAGUCCAGCCUACAGGAUCAAUUCACCUUGGAAACUAUCUCGGCGCAAUCAAAAAUUGGGUCGCUCUUCAGGAUACAUACGAAACGCUCUUUUUUAUCGUAGACCUUCAUGCGAUAACACUACCAUAUGACACGCAAGAACUAAGAAAGGCAACUAGGGAUACCGCAGCGCUCUAUCUAGCAUGUGGUGUAGAUAUUUCUAAGGCUUCGGUAUUUGUGCAAUCUCAUGUUCUCGCUCAUGUGGAGUUAAUGUGGCUUUUGAGUUCAUCCACACCUAUUGGUUGGCUACAGAAAAUGACACAGUUCAAAGAGAAAUCACGCAAGGAGGGGGGUGAGAAUGCUUCUGUCUCUUUGUUAACUUAUCCAGUUCUGAUGGCUUCGGAUAUCCUCUUGUAUCAGUCGGAUUUUGUACCUGUCGGUGAGGACCAGAAGCAGCACCUAGAACUUGCCCGCGACCUGGCACAGCGUGUGAAUAAUUUAUAUGGUGGAAGGAAGUGGAAGAAGCUUGGAGGGCGUGGUGGUUCGAUCUUUAAGAUACCAGAACCACUCAUACCACAAGUUGGAGCCAGAGUUAUGUCUCUUACAGAUGGUCUUUCCAAGUUAAGUUGCAAGGGUUUCACACUUCUGAGACUUGCCUCCCUAAAUGUGGUGCCUAUUGCUAUCAUGUCCAAGUCUGCACCUUCUGACCAGUCCCGAAUCAAUCUCCUUGACUCAAAAGAUUUGAUUGCGGGCAAAAUAAAACGGUGCAAGACAGACUCAUUAGCAGGCCUUGAAUUUGACAAUGCCGAGAGACCUGAAUGCAACAAUCUCCUCUCUGUAUAUCAGAUUGUUUCUGGCAAGACAAAAGAGGAAGUGAUGGAGGAAUGCAAAGAUAUGAGCUGGGGCACGUUUAAGCCUCUCCUUGCAGAUGCUGUGAUCGAGCAUCUGAGUCCAAUCCAGCUACGUUAUCAGGAGAUAACGGCGGAGUCAGAGUAUUUGGACAAAGUAUUGUCAGAAGGUGCAGACAGAGCCACGGAAAUAGCCGAAGUCACAGUUCACAACCUGAAACAAGCGAUGGGAUUCUGUCCAAGGAAUGGUGCCUAG